AUGGAGUACAUCUAAAAAAUGAUAAGACCAUUUACAGAUCGGUCUAAUUACUAUGUUAAUCAACCUAACUCAUUCAAGAGAAAAGAAUCAAAACACACUCAUGAUCCAUAAUAAGUUUUACUAUACAUCAAGUAAAUCUUUUUCACUCUUUAAACACAACAGGUUAAUAUUGCGUUUUAAUCAUUUUAGAAUGUCAACAUGUCUUUUCUAAAUCCAAAUUAUUUUUUAGAUAUCUAAUCUGAUCUCAAUCCAGAAAUGAGAGCAUAAAUGGUAUUCAUUAUGUAUAAUAUCCAUAAGAUAGACGAAGUUCAUAAACUAUGCACUACACAUAAAGCUUAGAGAAGAACUUUUCAUUAAACUAUUUAUUUACUAGAUGUUUAUUUAAGUACAAAUAGAAUAUUUACCGCUCAAAUCGAGUCUAUAUAUAAAACAUGUUAUUUUAUUGCUUCCAAAUAUGAAGAAGUAUUUUUAUUCUCAUUUUAUAGAUUUAUCCAAGUCCAUUAUGGCGUUAUGCACAUGAUAGAGAUGAAAUGCAAGAAAUAUUUUAAAUGGAAAAAGAGUUAUUAUCUAUCCUAGAUUUUAAAUUAGUUACAGCAUCCUCUUAUGUUUGGCUCAAUUAUUAUUGGACCAUUAUCAAUAUAGUUGAAAAAACCAACAAUUGGCUCUCAUAUUCCUUAUUACUUUUAGAUGUGGCUGUUUAUAAUAUUAAUAUUAUUAAAUAUGAACCAUCCAAAAUUGCAUGUGCUUCACUUUUUACAAGUGCCAUCAUGUUAAAUAUAUCAAUUAACUGGAAUAGUUUUGCAUCUCAAUAUGGGUUACAUUUCUAACAUGAAAUCAAAGUAUACAAUUAACUCUAUUAAAACUAGGAAAUUUCAAAUUUAAUUAUGAUAACAUUAAAAGAGAGUGUAAAUUUAAAAAGAGAAAUUGUAAAGCAUAUGUAAUUGCAAAAAGAUAAAGAUAUUUCUUGA